AUGGCAAGGCCGGAGGUAUCCCCAGCCAAAAUAAUUCUGCUGGCUGUUCAGCUAGCCACCUCCACAGAGCUCUCGUAUCUCGAAAGUCUGGUUUCCAGAAACCAGAGGACACUCCACCUCGAGCUCGUUCUACGGAUCCUACUAAGCUAUCUUCCCGAAACACUUCCAUCAGCCAAAUAUGUUCCAUUUUUACAGAGGAUAGGUGAAGGAAACUUGGUGGACGAGGCGGACUUCGAUAUCAAGAAAUAUCAGCUCGAUCAGGUUGGCGACGAGGAUGCGAAGAAGAAAGCUCGGAAGCUACAUUUACGUUCGCUGUCAUGGCCCUACGAAGAUUCAGAAGAGCCCACAGACCUUCUCGUUCGAUUUCUCCUUCUGCGAUCAUUGGCAGUUGACGAAAGUACUGGUAUGAUCGAUCAGCUGCCUGAGCUCCUGAGUCCCUUUCUUCACCAAUCUACCUUUCUACGAACAUGGAUGAUCUCUACUAUUUUGCCGCUUGUGCGGUUCAACUACGAGUUCUAUCCAGACAAUUCAAUUACCACUACACUUCCCAAUUUCGAAUCGCUUGACCACGAGUCCUGCAUUAAAUUGCUUCUAUCACGGACGAGUGAGGACAAAGGAGCACUUGUAGGACGAGAUAUCCGAGGUUUAGUCGGUCCAUAUAUGUACGGGGACUCACAAUGGAAGCGUAGGAAAACAAGGAGGGCAUCCCAAACCCUCUUGCAGAAUGUUACCGCUUUGAACGACGUACCUGCUGUCAGCGAGAGGUGUAUAGGGUGGGAAGAUGUGUUCAAUUGGAUUAUUACGGAGGCCAGUAGCUCAUGGGAAAACGCUGUAGAGGCUAUUGAGAAAUGGGAUGGGCCAGGAGAUAUCGAUCUUGGAGACUACGGGGACGGUUCCAUGUGGCUUGAUGAGAAUGAGCAGCAAUACCUCGAGCGACGAUACGCUCGAGCAGCUACUGCCUCUGCGUAUUUAGUCCCUGGAGACUCCGAGGAUUGUUUAAAUGGGAUUCAGCGGAUUUUAAUCCGCCUUACCAACCUAUUGGACCUUGACCGAAUUACGACAUUACAAGCUGCGGCCUCAUUACUCUCUCCUGUGACAGACAUGGAUGAGGUGGUGACUUCCCCAGGAAAUGCCAAAUACCUCCGAAAUGAUUAUUUGAGCGAGGCGAACGUUUUGACAGCCCCAGGGAAAUCUUCCGUAAGACUGUUACAUGCUCUACUGGUUUCAACAUAUUUAUGUACAAGAGCUGGCUCCGGAUUCCCAGUCAAGAGAGCGGCGGAAUUUUUUCUGUUGCAAGAUGAGCGCGAUCAAAAAAGCGAGUUUAAUAAGUUGAUUUCCAGUGUUCGCAAUGGCCCAAAAGGCGACGAAAAGUAUUGGAUAAGGCUGAGAAACGAGGUUCUGUGGCUGCGAAGCUGGGGGUGUGAAGAAUUAUCGGAAGGCACGACCAGUACAACUAGUAAAGGUAUAUUUGGCGCACUUUCGACUGAAUACGUCGAGACCGAGCUCCUGAAAGUCUUUUUGUCCAACACUCAAUAUACACUCGCUCGAUCGAUUUAUGAUCCUCCAGCGGACCCGCCCCUGUCAAAGAAUACCUUAAUCGGGACGAUAAUUGCAGCAGCAAUGAAUGCUUAUGAUAAUGCGACAAAUGCCAACAAAACUCGGGGUGGACUUAAAAAGGCACAGGACACCCUUCAAGCUUUCCCAGAUGCGCUACUAGAUUCACUUCCUAGAAAACAGCUCGUGAAUCUAAUUGAUGUCACCCAUGAGCUCGGGAAAUAUCGAUUAGUGUUUAGACAAGGAGAACCGUUCCAACCUGUUACGUUACGAGUGCAUGGUGACCCGAUAUCUAUUAUUGGCAAGGUGCUUGAUCAGAACCCAAAGAGCUAUCUGAAAAUCGUUGAUCUGCUCAGUAUCGGUAAAGGCAUGGUGAGAGCUGGCCUGACUGCUAGGGAUGUCAAUGGUAGCAAAGCUGGAGCGAAUGAAGAGGAGCUUCAGGAACAGGAAAGCAUUGCAGAGAAACGGAUUGUCAGUAUGUGUAUUGACGCGGCUUGCGUUGAGGACGACUUUGAAACGGCUUAUUCGUAUGUCAUAACGCGCCUCAAUCGAGUGGCUGGCCCGGCGCAGUCACGUACGCCAGCUGUUGAAAAGCAGAUGGACGGAUUAUGUGCGGAGGCUCCUCCCAGACCCAUUGAUGACUGGUCAUGGCGAGCGGCGCUGCAAGCUGGAAAGUAUCGCAGAACAGACCAGAGUAACGGUAAAAGCGGAUCGGAGGUUCGCCACUUGGAGCAGAGGCUGGAAUGUCUUUCCCAGGCAUUACGUCUUGCCCCGAAAUCCACCCUUGGCGAGAUACUGAACGUCUUUCGACGUUGCGAAGAGGAGCUCGUUGCGGCUGCACAACAAGAGACAGAGGAGGCAGAAGCCUGGGACGCGCGAGGUGACCACCAAACCGAUGAACACGAAAUGCCUGGUGGCUUUGGCUCGACACCAGCAAGAAAUACCUCGGAUUUGACCAAGACCCGUGCCGCGGAGGAGGCUCCUAUGUCUCUCUUCGACCUUUCGCGGGCCAGUAUGGCUCGCGCUCAGAACGGGUUUUCUGCGUUAUCCAUGUUGCGAGGAAGUACAGCAACUUCACCGACCUCCGGUACCGAAUCGCGCGGCAGUCUUGACGGAUCAAGAGAUGAGACUGGCACGCCCAAAACUGGUAUGCGCAAAAGAGACCAGCUGAAGAGUGUGGCUGUAGGAGGUCUUGCUUCUGGGGUUGGGUGGCUCAUAGGUGCGCCGUCAUCAGCUGCCAGCAGGUCGUCGGAUGAAUAUGAACGAUGA